AUGAAACAAGAGAAGAAGAAGAAGAAGAAGAAGAAGAAGAAGAAGAAGAAGAAGAAGAAGAAGAAGAAGCAGCAGCAGCAGCAGCAAACAUCAUGGUAUCCAUCGCAUCUUUCAAAAUCGUGGCUUCAAGCGUCCAACCGAACAACCAAGCGUCGCAUGAUCAUCACAAGAAUACGAAACAGCGCAGAACUUGUUCAUGAUGGGGCCAGGAGGAGCGAGGCGAGCGACUAG